AUUCCUCAAAUAAUACCUAUUAACUGAUUAAUAUCUUUCUUUUUCUUUAUUAUUAUUUUUAUUAUUUUUAAUAUAAUAAAUUAUUAUAUUUUUGAUGUUAAAAUAAAAUCUUCUAUGACUAAAAAUAAUUUUUUUACUAAAAAUUUUUCUUGAAAAUGAUAA